CACAUAUAAACUGUUUAAAUUAAAUGUUCUUUUUAACCCUGUUACACAGAGACUCAGAGAAACACGUCAAUCACACAUUCAGACCCAUCAGUGAAGUGCUUCCAUCUCACAAGGAGGAAAACAAGCUCAAACAUGCAGAAGAAAUGAAAGCAGAGUGUAAUAAAACAGUUCAACACAUCAAGUCUCAAGCUGAGCACACAGAGCGUCAGAUUAAAGAGGAGUUUGAGAAGCUUCAUCAGUUUCUCAGAGAUGAAGAAGAAGCUACAAUCACUGCACUGAGGGAGGAAGAGGAGCAGAAAGUCCAGAUCUCACAGCCGGAUCCACAGAUGAGUUCUGGAGCUUUGAUUCAUGCGUCACAUUACUUGAGUGACCUGCGGUUCAGAGUCUGGAAGAAGAUGCAGGAAACUCUCCAACACAGUCUCAACCAAACAGAAGAAAUCAAACUUACGAUCAUCCACAAUGUCACUGAUGAAGAGACCCUUGUUAGAAAGUGA